AUGUUUCUUCACUCGGGCGCGAGCCUCCAUGGCCAUGAAUAUUCGAAUCGCCCUUCACCAUCUACACCUCCAGUCGCCACCCACAACCUACGAAGCCCAUUAUUACGCUCCGCCUUUGCGCCACCAAAACAACGGGUGAACGUGGAUGGCGCCUCCGCCCCCAUCCGCCAACGUCCGGCGUCUGAUUACAUCCCCCGCGCCCUUUCACCCGUUGUGCGCUUUCGCGAGGACCCCGAGGAGGACGCCCCUCCUCAAACGCCCGCCAUGCCAGAACCACCAUCGGAUUCGGAGCUUAGUGAUGUAACGAAUCCGAAUGCUGGUACACUAACAGCCCGGUCCACACCACGGCGACAUCGCCAUAGAGUCCAGCGCAAGAGCACCACUUACGGCCUUGGAUAUCCCGCCCCGAAGCUCCUCGACAAGACCAAAUAUGUGCGCAAGGUGUUGCCGAGGCUUCUUCUCCAGCUUCAGUUGGUAUCGGCUGAUGGACGGUCAAGACCAGUGCUUGAAGUGUUUCCUUCGAGCCGAAUCGCCGGUCCGGUUAUAGCUCCCCGGUUGGCAAAGAGGUUUCCAGGAAUAUUUGGGGUCAAGCACUCAUUGGCUUACGAUGACAUUGUUUUGGUGAGGAGGGACGACGAUCAUGUGGAAAGCGACAGCACCGAAGGUGACAGCGACGACGCGCUCGAGAAAAGGAGACUCGUUGCCGUCUAUAGCCCCUUGCGCCAUUCGGACGAGGCUGAAAUCGUGUUGGAUGACGGGACGGUGUGGGUUGCCAGGCCACUGCCAAAUGGCUCUUGGGACUUUGCGCACACCGAUGAUAAUGGCAACACCACCACAGCCCGAUGGGCUCGCAGGCACAAAUCGGCGCCCACAUCGCAUCCGACAGAGCCGAGUACACCAUCGUCUACAACAACGCCGCAAACCCGCUUCACAUUCAGCAUGAUCAACCCCCUCACUCGCAGGCAUCCAGUCAUGGCAUCUCUUACGCCUUCAUCUCUAGACAUCCGCGACUCCUAUGCUUCUGUUUCGGACCCAUCCAAUCGAUAUCAACCCCCGCGGUACGGCCGCGGCCGCUCUCUCUCCAACGUAACCUGCAGCACUGUUCCAAAUUCUCCAUCUCAGCAAUCAUCAUUGUGUUUCUCCACUGACGGUGAAAGCGACUCCGGUCUUGGGAUGCCGGUUUCUCUCACCCAGGAAAUGGCCGAGGGACCAGUUCACCUAAUCGAUGAAGCGACCAAGAAUCUCAUUUCCGUGACAGCUCUCUGGGUGGCUCUUUCGUCAGGCUGGUCACCAGCCCACACACCCACUAACAGCGGCCCAGAAUCCGCAGCGGCCACGCCAUGUACAGCGGCCACACGUGUUGGGCGCAGCCGCAGGAAUACCUGGGGCAGCAGAGCCUCCAACGCAUCUGACGCCGGGCAGCGAUCCGAAUGCGCAGACCUCAUCAUGGGGAUUACCAAGCGGAACUCGCUUCCCGCGCAAUGUCUGAUUGAAGAAUUGGACCACAACAAGCGAUCGGCUACACCUACCAGUACCCCGGUUAUCUCCCGCUCGUCAACGCCCGUAUCGAACAUGUCCACCAACAACCCCAAAGCAGCCCCCCGCAGAGCGACAAGCACAGGCGCGGCCUACAUGCAGAGGCGGCUUCAAGCGAGCUCCACCUCUGAAGCUACGGUAGCUGAAGUAGCAGAGAUGAACGCGGCCAAGAAGACUGCGGUUUUGUCCCAGGCCCAAGCCCACCCCGAAGCACCAGUUUCCGCGCCCCAGCCAAUUGCUCCGAUCCGUCCUUCACUCAAGGCUGAGGGGAGCAACAUUCAUAGGAAUAGCAGUAUCACCAUCAAGGUUGUCUCCUCGCCAGAUAGGGAGACGCAUGGAGUGAUGGUGAAGAGGAGCAGGAGUUUGUUUGGCUCUUCCAAGAGAGCGAGCAAGUGCGCUGUGACGGAAAGGAACCUGGGGGAGGGGUUGGAUUCCCCUGGGAAGGAGAAGAAGAGGUUGAGGGAGAGGCUGUCGAGGUGGAUGUGUAGACUCGGGGGGUCUUCUUCGCGCUAG